GUCAACAUUCAAAUGAUUUCUUUAUUUUUCCAAAGGCACAGUCAUUGAAUUUCUUCAAUAAGUCUGGAAUUAUCCCACUGUUCAGUUACAGCUGGAACAGCUUGCCUGAAGUGCUUUGCUGCUGACGCCGUCCGGACCAUAUGAUUUUCCUGGGUUGACACCACUGGACAAAUUUUUCCGUCUCUCUGUCAAAACCUUGAAGAGAGGUUUGGUCUGGGUGGAGGAAACACACAACAGUGGUGUCAUCUACAUAUACAAAAAGUGUGGCUUGCGCCAGAGGCUUGACAAUUGUUUGUGUACAAUAUCAGUGACGAUAUUGUUCAGCAUGACCAGUAACUUAUCAUCAACAUUCCUGGAGGCAUGGUAAUCAGCGACUUCUUCCUUAAGUCUGGAAUUAUCCCAGUGUUCAUUGACCGCUGGAACAGCUUCUGGAACGGAAAUGUGAGCUGGUCUGCGCAUGCCUGAAGUGCCUUGCUGCUGACGCCGUCUGGACCAUAAGGUUUUUUGAACAUCAUGGACGGUUGAGAAACACACCCUUGACAUAUCUUUAGUGAGGAGCACAAAGGCUAGUUAGACUAGGCUAUAUUCCAGACCAGACCCCUCAGCCGCAGUCCAGAAGCUAAUGCAGCCAUGGCUGAGGAGGACUAUGGCUGCUUUGUGGACUGGACCCAAAUGGGGGACAUGGCCAAGAGCAGUGGCACCUCCAAAUUGGACGUUAAGGACCACGUGGAGCUCAAAAAGCUGGCCAGGCAGGGUUACUGGUCCAAGAACCACAAGCUCCGUGCCCAGGUCUACCAGCAACUCAUUAAGGCAAUCCCCUGUCGAACCGUGACACCCGACGCCGAGGUCUACCGCGACCUCAUGGGCGACGACACAGGUAAAAAAGCCUUGUCCUCCAUCCCACUGCCAGACUUUGUGGACGGCAGCGCUGUGCCGCACUACUGCCUCAUGGCAGACGCAGUGACCGUCGUCCACCGGGUCAUCUCCUGUCUGGAGGGACAGUUCCCGGACAUCUCGCACUGCCCGGCGCUGCCCGCGAUGACAGCCCUCCUGCUGCACUUCAGUGCCAAUGAGGCGCAGUGCUUCGAGCACAUCAGCCGUCUGCUGGCCUGCAAUGAGCCGGGCCAACACUUUGUAGACCAGACCUUCCUGGCCUAUGAGUCCAGCUUCAUGACCUUUGGCGUCCUGGCCAACAAGUACUGCCCGGCAGCUCACAAGCUCAUAGUGGCUACAGCGCAGGACGUGGUGGCGGUGUACUCGGACUGGCAACGCUGGGUGCUAGGUGACCUGCCCUUCAGCCACGUGGCAAGGGUCCUAGACGUCUUCCUGGUGGAAGGAUACAAGGUGUUGUACCGCGUUGCCCUGGCCCUGCUCAAGUUCUACCGCAAGCAGAAGGCCGGGGAUGGAACACAGCAAUCAGAGGGCCAAAAACAGGACUCUGUGGGGGUCAAGGCAGAGAUCCAGGCAUUCGUCAAGGCCAUCGGCUCCUACAUCACCCCGGACAAGCUGCUGGAGAAGGCCUUCUCUAUCCGCUUGUUCAGUCGCAAAGAGAUCACUCUCGUGCAGCUCACCAACGAGAAAUCGCUGCAGCAGAAGGGCAUCACUGUCAAACAGAAGAGGCGGACCGUGCAGCUGGCUCUGAACCCGGACACCUUCUCCUCUGAGGUAGUCAGCGCCAAGGAGAUGAAGGACAUCUGGUCGUGGAUCCCCGAGCGCUUCGCCCUAUGCGAACCGCAGCUCCUCUUCACCACCUCAACCCAUGGCUGCAGCCUCAACAGGUUCUACGCUCAUGUCGAAGGCUAUGAGCCCACUCUGCUACUCAUCCGGACCUGUGAAUCUGACGUAUGUGGAGCCUUCCUCUCUACAGAUUGGGAGGAGCGCAAGCGAGGCGGGAACAAACUCGGCUUCUUUGGGACCGGAGAAUGUUUCAUCUUCAGGCUGAAGCCGGAGAUGGAGAGGUAUGAGUGGGUGGUGAUCCGUCACCCGGAGCUAGCCUCCACCAUCAAGGGUCAGAGCAGCGAGGUCCCUGCCGAGGACGAGGCUCCCCCCGACAAGCAGAACUCGGACGGCAACCGCCUUCCCGUGGAAAGGCCAGCCGCUGACCCAUCUGAUCGCCUGUCGCCCUUCCUCUCAGCCCGACACUUCCAUCUCAACUCCAGGAACACCUCCAUGUUCAUGGCGGGAAACUUUGACUCCAUCAUAGUGGGGGGAGGCGAGGGCAACGCGCUGUACAUCGACAGUGAGCUAAACCACGGACGCACAGCCCGCUGCACCACCUUUGACAACCCACCGCUCUGCUCCACCGAGAGCUUCCAGGUGGCCCUGCUGGAGGUGUGGGGCUUCAAGGACACCAUGGCCUCAGAUAGAUAGACACUCACAGUUCGAGAUACACACAUCCCACCAAGGGCCUGAUGAAGCUACCUGCAGUAUCAGAACAAACCACUUUCCGUCCAGCAAAUUCAUUUAUCCAUUGAACUCUACAUAAAUGUGAAAUAUAUGUAUUUAUUCAUGUAAAACAAGUAUCAUAUUCUGAAAGUGUUUUUGUGUGAUUCUUUUUUUACAGAUGUUUUAUUACAUUGUGUUCCUAUUUUUGUUGAAUCUCAUUGAGGGGUUUGAUGGCGAAAAGCAGCUCUGUUGUCUGGAAUGAUCACAUGUCAUCAUUUUACACACUCAAGUAACGUCAUUUCUGUGUUCACUUUAUAUCUACUCCUUAAUUUGUGCAAUCUGGUUAUGCACCAAACCAACUGCCAAAAUGGUGGUAAGCAGGCCUAUAAGGCCUGUAUUCACUAUAUCGACAGGCAGUCUACCCAGCUGUCAGAACUGCUGAAGUAUGGCUGUUGUGCGGCCAUAUUCUCAACAGAUGUCUUAGCUCUGAGCACAGCAGUAUAUUAGAGAGGCCCCUUUGUAAAGUAUGUGAAUAUUGUUCUUUGACUGUGUUUCAUUGAUAGUGUGAAAGGGUUAUCAGGUGAGAUGAAGACCAUAUCCACGUCCCUCAUCAUUUAGCUGCACAAUCUGUGGUAAAGCUAUCUGUGUCAGUAAUGCAGUAUUCAUCUGUCUUUCUAUUUCUCUAUCCGUCCUACAAACAAUAUCAUCCAAAAAAUUGCAGAAUAUGUACGUUCUUGUGCAGACUCAACUGUAUAUCAUUGAAUAUCUGUGUUGUAUUGAAGAAAGUCCUCCAGUGAAGUAUUGAUUGAAAAAUUACAGCUACUCAUACAGUUGAAGUCUGAAGUUUACAUACACCUUAGCCAAAUACAUUUAAACUCAAUUUCACAAUUCCUGACAUUUCAUCUGGGUAAAAAUUCCCUGUCUUAGGUCAGUUAGGAUCACCACUUU